AUGACACCACGAACCAGACUUACUGUGUGGCUAGAGAUGGUGUUGAUCGGAAGAUGUUGCAGGCUGCUUUGGAUUGGGCUUGUGGACCGGGGGAAAGUUGACUGUUCGGCUAUGGUUCAGGGUGCACCAUGUUAUGAACCGGAUACUGUUGCAGCUCAUGCCACUUAUGCUUUUGAUGCUUAUUAUCAUCGAAUGGCUAUGGCUGAAGGGACUUGUGAUUUCAAUGGUGUGGCUACUGUUACUACCACUGACCCAAGUCAUGGAAGUUGUAUAUUUCCCGGAAGUAAUGGGAGUAAUGGGACAUUCAUAAACGGGACUUCUUUGGCUCCGUCUUCAAAUUCGACUUCGGGUAGCUUGUCAACAUUCAACGAGAGCAAUUCGGUUUCUUUUAUGAGACUUUUUGUGGUGUUACUUUUGAGUGGGGUAUUUUUGUAAAUUUGUCGAAAAUAUUCUGUUCUUGAUUACCUCCAUUUUGUUCCUGCCCAUGAAGCGGGAGGGUAAAAAGGUCACAAACAAAGUUUGUUUGAAGCUUGAAGGAAUUGUUGGACUUAGGAGCGAGUUCGUUUGUUGAUUGUAGAAACAAGCGAAUCAAGAUUUUUUUCUUCAUGAUCUAUUCUUUGACCUGAAAGUUGCAAUUUUUGUCUCAUUCACAUCAAUCUUAGUGUAAUGCACACAAAAUGCAGUGUUUGUAGGUACAAGUACUUGAAAUGAUUACAUUGAUUUGUCAUUCAAAUUUCAUCGAUUUUCGAAUAACAAGCCUCGCAUACAAAACCCGAGGACUCGGGAAGAACACGUUGCUUGUAUGCAUGCUUGUUACAAUAAGGCUUAUUACAAAAACCACAUUUUGGUUGUUUAAUCCAACAAACUAGACACAAAGUAUCUUCACAAGCGGCUUCACUAUCAUCUUCAUCUACACAUUUUCCACACUCUUCGCACCUUACAAUGCAAAAUUUACACCCUCGACAUCCACCGAUUGUCCUCUUCCUCUCGCAUGUCUCCAAAGGGCAAUCAAACACCAUUCUCACUUCAUCACAUUUGGGACAAAUUCCCACAUCUAUGGAAUCUUGUCUUGAAGUGUCUGGAUAGAAUCGCUUGUGUUGCAUUUCGUUUGAUUUUAUCAACAUACAAAGUGUUUGAAAGUGGUCUUUCGUGAUGUUAUAGAUACCGUUUAUCUUUAGGCUCUUUAAGGUUGCAACGUGUUGGUUUAACGUUGUCACUGCUUGGAUAACCCCUUCGGGGGUUAAAUUUGUGCAUUGAGGUACAUGUAGCUAAAAAAGGAAAUAUUGUUGUUAUAAACACAUAUCCAAACACCCUCUAAUUCACAUCAAAUUUCAAGAUCAAGAAAAAUCGUACCUUUUCGAUAUUGGGAUUCAUGGCUACUACAGUUUGAACACCAUCGUUUGUAAUUCUGUCACAGUUAUUAAGAACCAAUGUUCUAAGCCUACCCAUUGCUUUUGAAGCAAUCUUGACUAGAAUUUCAUCGGAAAUCCGUGAUCUUUGAAGAUUUUCAUCCACUAUGAUGUUGAGCCAUGGCAAAAUAUCAUCUUUUAAAGCGUUGUUGAAGGAUUUACAUACUUGAGCCAUGGCAAGAAGCUCAAAAAGUGGAAGAUAAGGUAAUACAAGGUAUAAAGAUUCAUGGGGUUGUCCUGUGUUUGAUGAAUCUUGAUUUGUUUGAUGUUGUUUGUGGUUUGUUUCAUGUGAAAUCUCCAUAUCCAUGGCUCAAAAAUGGUUUUUUUUCUCUUAACAAACCGGAACGGUUGUUUUAAAGGUUUAAGGAGGAAUUGUUUUCCAAGAUAAGUAACAUGUGGCCAAGAUUUUGAUAACAGUUCAAGAAAUUGACU